AUGACGCAUUCGGCUUUUCAUAAGAGAACAAAUCUUAACAUAACGACACCGAGUCCAGCUGGAAUUGAUAAUAAUGAUAGUUUAAGACGUAGAAAAAUACACCGUUGCGACGUUGUCGGAUGUAAUAAAGUGUAUACCAAAAGUUCCCACCUAAAAGCUCAUAAAAGAACUCACACAGGUGAAAAACCAUAUCAAUGCACUUGGGCUGGAUGCACAUGGAAAUUUGCACGUUCCGAUGAACUGACCCGACAUUAUAGAAAACACACGGGUCAAAAACCAUUCAAAUGUCAUUUGUGCGCGAGAUCAUUUUCUAGGUCGGAUCAUUUAUCGCUUCAUAUGAAAAGACACUAA